AUGGCAUCCGGCACCUUCUUCGACGCCAAAAAGACUCUCCUGCUGUCGCCGUUCGUCUCGUCCACAUGCUCCCUCCUGUUCGCAUGGGACCAGCACGUCUUCCUGGGCAUCCUCACCCACGCGGAGCUGCGCGAUCGGGGCAAUGCCAUCUUGCCCACGUACUGGAGAGUCAUGUUCCCCUGGGGCCUGACCCAGGUCAUUGGCCUACUGGGAAUCACGACGUGGACAAGCAUCGGGGCCAUGGUGUGGAACAAGGACUUGCUGCGGAGGCGCGGUGCUCUGCCGUGGUACGCUGCCACGGCGGGAUUAGCAGUCGGCCACCUGGUCUUUGCGCCGUUUGUGGCCCCUCUGAUCAAGUUCAUGAUGGACGACGAGGGCGGGAGGCCGAUGGAGAGAAAGCGCGCCGAGCCGGGGCACAGGAACGUGGAGGCGCAGGGCGAGUGGUUGGGGUGGAACAUGACGAGGUUGCUGACGACGGACCUGGGGGCGUGGUUGUGCUGCGCGGUGGCGGUGACGAAGACGUUUUCGCUGGAGCAGCCGGCUGGAGCAUGCUGA